AUGACGCGUCCGCACGCGUCAAGCCCUGGGGUCCUCAUCAGGCGACUUCAGGGGGCUCUGACUCGUCGCAUUCUGCCGCUCGCCGUCGCACUGACCGUCGCUUAUUUGACAUUCUUCGAACUCGUGCGACCAAACCUGCUCUCCGCCGAUAUCGCACAGUCGUCCGGCUCGCCGCUUUUCCCGCAAAGCGGCUGCGAGACGGCGAGGAACUGUCGCAGUACACAGCUGGACAGAUAUGUCUAUAGCGCAGAUGCGGAAUUCGGGUGGAAGGACACGGGCAAUCGCAUGCGAGCCAAGGAAGCCGGAGGGUGGUGGACGGGGUAUGUGCUGCUGGUGAACGCUCACCGCUGGCUCAACCAGACCGCGCCGGACAACAUGCCAAAUGCCAGCAAGGGCCUCGUGCUCUUCUUCAUUGGGGCGGGGUGGAGCGACGAUGGCAAGGACGACCGUGGGUACCACACUCGCCUACUGACUGCCGUCUGGUGCAUCUCAGUGCAUGUCUGUCUUAAUGUUUCUCCUUCCCCCCUCUCGCCCUCCCAGGCGCCGGACAACAUGCCAAAUGCCAGCAAGGGCCUCGCGCCAGACAACAUGCCCAACGCCAGCAAGGGCCUCGUGCUCUUCUUCAUUGGGGCGGGGUGGAGCGACGACGGCAAGGACGACAGCGGGUACCACGUGCCCAAGGCGAGCGCUGUCUUCAUCCGCGUUGCUGCCCCGGCCGGGCGCGCGUUGGAGGGGCGUGAGUGGAAGGGGCGUGAGUGGAAGGGGCGUGAGUGGAAGGGGCGUGAGUGGAAGGGGCGUGAGUGGGAGGGGCGUGAGUGGGAGGGGCGUGAGUGGGAGGGGCGUGAGCUGGUGGUGGACCAACCAAUUAUACCCAUCAUGGGCAUGAUGGGCGUGAUGCUGCACGAGGAGCCAAUGGUGCCCAUCAGCUUUCAAUCCACUCCACUCCUUCUUCACUCCCCACUGCCGCUACCCUUCCCCUCUGCUUCAAAUCUGCCCUGCAGCCUGGUGGUGGAUCUGGGCAUAAUGGGCGUGAUGCUGCACGAGGAGCCCAUGAUGCCCAUCACCUUCCACGCCACUCCACCAGGCAUCAGCAGCAGCAGGAGCCAGAAGCUUCAGGAGGAGGAGAUCGUCGCAUUCACCCUCGCGAUGGCCUUGCAAGACCCCACCACCCCCGAGUGGCCCAUCUACAUGCCCAUGGCCAAGUCCGUCAUCCGAGCCAUGGAUGCAGCGCAACUCGCCGCCAGAGAGCUCAUUCCCCACGUGCCGGUGGACGGCUUUGUGACCGUUGGAGUGGAGGGCUUUGUGACCGUUGGAGUGAGCAAGCGCGCGUGCAUGGCUUGGCUCUCUGCUGCUCUUGACAAGCGAGUCGUGGCCUUCAUAUCGUACGGAUACGAUCUCAUCAACUUCCAGCCCAACAUGCAGCACUUGCUUGACUCCCUGGGGGCCGUGCCCAUCCUGGGCCGGUUCUAUGCGGACUACAACCUCACACACAUGCUGCACUCGCCACAGAUGCGCCACAUCAUGUCGACUCAAAAGUUCUCCUCUCCUCUCCGGGUGCUGCUUCUACCUUUUGAGUCGACUCAAAAGUUCUCCUCUCCUCUCCGGGUGCCGCUUCUACCUUUUGAGUCGACUCAGAAGUUCUCCUCUCCUCUCCGGGUGCCGCUUCUACCUUUUGAGCCGACUCAAAAGUUCUCCUCUCCUCUCCGGGUGCCGCUUCUACCUUUUGAGUCGACUCAGAAGUUCUCCUCUCCUCUCCGGGUGCCGCUUCUACCUUUUGAGUCGACUCAGAAGUUCUCCUCUCCUCUCCGGGUGCCGCUUCUACCUUUUGAGUCGACUCAAAAGUUCUCCUCUCCUCUCCGGGUGCCGCUUCUACCUUUUGAGUCGACUCAAAAGUUCUCCUCUCCUCUCCGGGUGCCGCUUCUACCUUUUGAGUCGACUCAAAAGUUCUCCUCUCCUCUCCGGUCGACUCAAAAGUUCUCCUCUCCUCUCCGGGUGCUGCUUCUACCUUUUGAGUCGACUCAAAAGUUCUCCUCUCCUCUCCGGGUGCCGCUUCUACCUUUUGAGUCGACUCAGAAGUUCUCCUCUCCUCUCCGGGUGCCGCUUCUACCUUUUGAGCCGACUCAAAAGUUCUCCUCUCCUCUCCGGGUGCCGCUUCUACCUUUUGAGUCGACUCAGAAGUUCUCCUCUCCUCUCCGGGUGCCGCUUCUACCUUUUGAGUCGACUCAGAAGUUCUCCUCUCCUCUCCGGGUGCCGCUUCUACCUUUUGAGUCGACUCAAAAGUUCUCCUCUCCUCUCCGGGUGCCGCUUCUACCUUUUGAGUCGACUCAAAAGUUCUCCUCUCCUCUCCGGGUGCCGCUUCUACCUUUUGAGUCGACUCAAAAGUUCUCCUCUCCUCUCCGGUCGACUCAGAAGUUCUCCUCUCCUCUCCGGGUGCCGCUUCUACCUUUUGAGUCGACUCAGAAGUUCUCCUCUCCUCUCCGGGUGCUGCUUCUACCUUUUGAGUCGACUCAAAAGUUCUCCUCUCCUCUCCGGGUGCCGCUUCUACCUUUUGAGUCGACUCAAAAGUUCUCCUCUCCUCUCCGGGUGCCGCUUCUACCUUUUGAGUCGACUCAAAAGUUCUCCUCUCCUCUCCGGGUGCCGCUUCUACCUUUUGAGUCGACUCAAAAGUUCUCCUCUCCUCUCCGGGUGCCGCUUCUGCCUUUUGAGUUGACUCAGAAGUUCUCCUCUCCUCUCCGGGUGCCGCUUCUACCUUUUGAGUCGACUCAAAAGUUCUCCUCUCCUCUCUGGGUGCCGCUUCUACCUCCUGCAUGCAGCCGCACUCGCCUACGUUCUUUACCGAACUACACGGAUCCAUACUUCUUCCGGGAGCGCCUGACCAUGCCGAAGCUGCUCAUUGCCGCUUCCAACGAUGAAUUCUUCUCCAUGGAUGACUCGCCAUGCUCUCCUCAGGCCAUGCUCUCCUCAGGCCAUGCUCUCCUCAGGUCAUGCUCUCCUCAGGUCAUGCUCUCCUCAGGUCAUGCUCUCCUCAGGUCAUGCUCUCCUCAGGUCAUGCUCUCCUCAGGUCAUGCUCUCCUCAGGUCAUGCUCUCCUCAGGUCAUGCUCUCCUCAGGUCAUGCUCUCCUCAGGUCAUGCUCUCCUCAGGUCAUGCUCUCCUCAGGUCAUGCUCUCCUCAGGUCAUGCUCUCCUCAGGUCAUGCUCUCCUCAGGUCAUGCUCUCCUCAGGUCAUGCUCUCCUCAGGUCAUGCUCUCCUCAGGUCAUGCUCUCCUCAGGUCAUGCUCUCCUCAGGUCAUGCUCUCCUCAGGUCAUGCUCUCCUCAGGUCAUGCUCUCCUCAGGUCAUGCUCUCCUCAGGUCAUGCUCUCCUCAGGUCAUGCUCUCCUCAGGUCAUGCUCUCCUCAGGUCAUGCUCUCCUCAGGUCAUGCUCUCCUCAGGUCAUGCUCUCCUCAGGUCAUGCUCUCCUCAGGUACUUCUAUUUCAACGACCUGCCAGCCCCCACACUCUUCAAGAUUGUGGCCAACCUCGACCACAUGGUCAUUCAGAUGUCGCAGUGGGACGGGGCGCACCAGUCAGGGCAGCAAGCAGCUACUAGGGCGGCUCAGAAGCCCCCACUUUGGCGCCCUCCCAUUGGUCCCCCUCCCAUUGGCCCCCCUCCCAUUGCCCCCCCUCCCAUUGGCCCCCCUCCCCCCCUAGUGCAGGACGGGGCGCACCACACGGUGCCCUUCACGAGUUUACCAAAGUCCUAUAUAGCCAAGUUCAAUACGCUCCGUGUGCAGCCCAUCCCGUUCUCCCAGUAUGCCGUCUCACCUUUCCCUCCACCCUCCUUCACCCAUCCUCCUGCACCCAUCCUCCUGCGCCCAUCCUCCCUGCCAGCACGGUGCCCUUCACGAGUUUACCUAAGUCCUAUAUAG